AUGGUUAAAGCUGUUGCUGUUAUUAGAGGUGAUUCAAAAGUUACUGGUACUGUUUUCUUCGAACAAAGUUCAGAAAGUGAUCCAACCACUAUUUCAUGGGAUAUUAGUGGUUUAGAUGCCAAUGCCUUAAGAGGUUUCCACGUCCAUGCUUUAGGUGAUAUCACCAACGGUUGUACUUCAGCUGGUCCUCACUUCAAUGUUGAAAAAACCUCUGAAGGUCAAGCUACCACCCAUGGUGCUCCAGAAGAUUCCAACAGACACACUGGUGACGUUGGUAACAUUACUUCUGAUGCCAGUGGUGUUUCCAAAGGUACUAAACAAGAUACUUUAUUAAAAUUACUUGGUCCUAACUCAAUCAUCGGUAGAUCCGUUGUUGUUCAUGAAGGUACCGAUGACUUAGGUAAAGGUGGUCAUGAAUUAUCUGCUACUACUGGUAAUGCUGGUGGUAGAGCUGCUUGUGGUGUCAUUGGUGUUGCCAAUUAA